AAGUUCAUAAUUGUAGUGGCAAAACUAUAAUUGCAUAUUUAAUGCAUUAAAAUUAAGAUAUAACAUUACAUUAAAGUGCCAAUGAAUCAAGUGAAAAAUUGAUAAAUAGUAUAAAAAAAUAAGAAAAUACAAUUUAAUUACCAGUGGGCGUAGCACUGAAAUUCAUAAAAUAUUAUUGCAUUCAUAUUGCUAUUACGUGCAUUAUUUUGUUCUUUUCAAAACAGCAGUUAUUAUGACCAAGUGAAGUUACGAUUAUAUGGAUUUGAUGUUAGAAAAGCAUAUUGACUUUUUCCAUGUUUGAUAAUCUUUAUUGACUUGUGACCCCAUUUAAAUGCUUAUUAUUUGCUGUUUGUAUGUUGAAUGUUCCUUAGAGUCUUCCUCAAAGUAUUGCCGUGCUGCAACAAUAAAGACAUGAGUGCAUCAAAUAAAUUUCUAUCUGCGGAAAAUGGUUUGCGCCAUGAUAAAGUUGCUAUUCUAGAUGCGGGAUCUCAAUAUGGAAAGGUUAUAGAUCGUAAGGUACGUGAACUAUUGGUCGAAUCAGAUAUUUUGCCAUUAGAAACAUCGGCUGCAACUUUACGUUCGGCUGGCUAUCGUGGCAUUAUUAUUUCCGGUGGACCCAAUUCCGUCUAUGCCGAAGACGCUCCCAGUUAUGAUCCCGAUAUUUUCAAAUUAAAAAUACCUGUGUUGGGUAUUUGUUACGGCAUGCAAAUGAUUAAUAAAGAAUUUGGUGGUACAGUUCAUAGGAAAAAUGUACGUGAAGAUGGCCAGACCACGAUUGAAGUGGAGCCGACUUGUCCAUUGUUUAACCGUUUGAAUCGCACCCAAACUGUACUUCUAACCCACGGCGAUAGUGUGGAUCGUGUUGGUGAAAAGUUAAAAGUUGGUGGACGUUCUUCUAGCAAUAUUAUAACUGCCAUUUAUAAUGAGAGCUUGCGAAUAUACGGUGUACAAUUUCAUCCAGAGGUUGAUCUAACUGUGUGCGGUAAACAAAUGCUGCAAAAUUUCCUAUUCGAUAUUUGUGUCUUGACGCCAAAUUUCACCAUGGGCAGUCGUAAAGAGGAAUGUGUUAAAUAUAUAAAGGAUAAAGUUGGCAACAACAAAGUGUUGUUACUAGUUAGUGGAGGUGUUGAUUCUUCUGUAUGUGCUGCCUUAUUGCGUCAUGCUUUACAUCCCAGUCAAAUCAUAGCCGUGCAUGUUGACAACGGUUUCAUGCGUAAGGAUGAAAGUGAAAAGGUUGAGAAAUCCUUACGGGAUAUUGGCAUUGAUUUAAUUGUACGCAAAGAAGCCUACACGUUCCUAAAAGGUACGACACAAAUCAAAAGACCCGGACAAUUCUCGAUUGUUGAAACACCCAUGCUUUGUCAGACCAUAAAUCCCGAGGAAAAGCGUAAAAUUAUUGGUGACAUUUUCGUAAAGAUUACAAAUGAUGUUGUAGCAGAAAUGAAACUAAAGCCAGAGGAAGUAAUGUUGGCACAGGGUACUUUAAGGCCAGAUUUAAUUGAGUCCGCCUCAAGUUCUGUCAGCAAGAAAGCGGACACCAUUAAAACACAUCACAAUGAUACGGAUCUAAUAAGAGAGCUUCGUAAUGCUGGGCGUGUAGUUGAACCCUUAAGUGAUUUCCACAAGGAUGAAGUUAGAGAACUAGGCAAUGAUUUGGGCUUACCUGCUGAAUUGGUAGAAAGACAACCAUUCCCAGGACCCGGUCUAGCCAUACGUAUUUUAUGUGCUGAAGAGCCAUUUAUUGAAAAAGAUUAUUCGGAGACACAAGUUAUUGCUCGUGUUAUAGUCGACUAUAAGAAUAAAUUGGAAAAGAAUCAUGCUUUAAUAAAUCGUGUAACCGGAGCCACAACAGAAACUGAACAAAGAGAACUCAUGCGAAUUUCUUCAAAUUCUCAAAUUCAAGCCACUGUGCUGCCCAUACGUUCUGUCGGUGUUCAGGGUGAUGCCCGUACCUAUAGUUAUGUAGUUGGUCUCUCUAGCUCUCAUGAACCCAAUUGGGAUGAUAUGUUAUUCUUAGCCAAAUUAAUACCUCGUAUUUUACAUAAUGUCAAUCGUAUUUGUUAUGUCUUUGGCGAACCGGUUCAAUAUCAAAUCACAGAUAUCACCCACACCACCCUUAACAAUUAUGUUAUUAAACAACUGAGACAGGCGGAUGCUAUAGCUAACGAUGUUAUAAUGCAAGCUGGACUUUAUCGUAAAAUAUCACAAAUGCCUGUUGUUCUAAUACCUGUACACUUUGAUAGAGAUCCCACAAAUCGUACACCAUCAUGCAGUCGAUCGAUUGUUUUGAGACCAUUCUUAACUAGUGACUUUAUGACUGGAGUGCCGGCUAUUCCAGGUUCCGAACAGUUACCAUUAACCGUGCUACGCAAUAUGGUGCAACAAAUUUCCAAAUUGGAUGGAAUCUCAAGAGUCCUUUAUGAUUUAACAUCAAAACCACCGGGUACAACAGAAUGGGAAUGAUUAAAUCAAAUGAGUUUGCUCUAUACCCUCGCUGCAGCUACAGCCGUUGCCGCUACCACCGCCACAACAAUUUCAACAAUACAACAGCAACAACAUCCACAUCAGUCUCAACAUGAAAUGUUGAUAACAUAAAUACAACAACAACAACAAUAAUACAAUUAUACAAUCCAAUUCAAAAACAAUGUUGAAAAAUGUUGUAGAAAAUAAAACGAACUACCAAACAAAACAACAUAAUCAAAUGUUUUUUGUUUUAAACAUUUGAUAUUAAUAACAACAGCAAAUAUGCAAACAGCCAUUAACAAUUAUUGCUACAAUUAACAAUCCUUUCAUUUGAAUAUAAAUAUUUGAUUUUUUUUUUUAAUUAAAAACUAAAACAGCAGAUUUGAUAAAUUCCAAGGAUUUCACGAAAAUAGAAAUGAUAUUGUCUGCCAGUUUAUUCUUGUAUGUUAAACAAAAACUAAUUCCAGACAAUUUGUUUAUGAAAAAUGAUCAGUUUUUAAAAUUUUCGAGUGAUUUGUAAACAAGAAUUUUCUGGAUGAAAAGAUGAUACACAACUGGCCGUAAAGAGAAUUUAUACAAUAACGUUACUUCUAUUUUAGAAUUACAUAUGUAUUUAAACGUUUAAAAAUAAAACCGUACACCUUGGGUCCUUGACUCCUUCUUCAUUUGUCGUUUAAAGCUUAAUAUUACUAAAAUAAAUUUUUAAUAUACAUAUUAAUUCUAUUUGUUCUAUACAUACAAAAAAUAAGUUAAUGUUGGCAAAAAUUCAUAAAAAUACUAUACAUACGUCCUUUCGUAAUUAUUCGUUGUAAUUAAACAUAUUUGUUGUAAUUGUAGUUUUUUUUCAGUUUUUUCUGGCCAUUUAAUUUUUUCGUUUGUAUUUUAACCUUUUUGUAAAAUAAAAUUUAUUAAAAUAAUAUUAACUAAAUAAAAAAAGUCUGCAAAGAAUAAUAAUAUAAAUAAUAUCUAUUAAUCAAUAUUUAUAUAAAGAAAUUCUAUGAAAUCCACUCACACAUACAGAUUCUAUAAAUUAAACGACAGCAAAAUUUUAAACCAAUUACAAAAGGAAAUAAAAGAAAUAACUAUUAUUUAAAUGUAAAAUUAACAAAAUUAAAUUGUUAUAAAACGUCAUAAAGUUUAUUAUAUAAAUAAAAUUAUAAAAAAUUAAAUACAUUUACAAUAUAUACAUUAAUACAUAUAUAUAUAUAUUUAAAAUAUAUAUAUAGAACAAAAAUAUAUAUAUAAAUAUAAACAUACAUCUAAAUAUCUGAAAUAUGAAUAAUUAAAAAGAAAUAAAAACAAAAUUACAAUUAUAAUGAUGAUAGAGUUGAGACAUACAAAGUAUAAUGAUUCUGAGAGUAUGAUAGAUGUGCUGCAUUUUUAAAAAAAAAUUGAAUAUAAAUAUAUAGAUAUAUAUAUAUAUUUAAAGCCUAUAACAAAACAUAUUUUUAAAAAUAAUAAUAAAUGAGAAACUAAUUAACAAAACACAUAAA